GGUCCGCCCGGCGAUGGACGCGGCGAGCAGGUGGCGGGCCCCGACGGGGUCCGGAGCGGCGAGGUUGCUGGCGGCGGGCUGCGUGAUCGCCUGCUGCGCCGCCGCCUCGCGACAGCACACGUACCUCAACUACACCGGCGACAUCAUCCUCGGAGCGCUGUUCCCCGUCCACGGCCGAGGUCGGGGCGGCGUCGAGUGCGGCAGGAUACAGAAGGAAGUCGGCAUGCAGCCGCUGGAGGCCAUGCUGUACACUCUGCAGCAGAUCAACAACAGCUCCGAGCUGCUGCCGGGGAUCAAGCUGGGGAUGCUGGCCUUCGACACGUGCGACAGCGCCACGUACGGCCUCGAGCAGUCGCUCAGCUUCGCGAAAGCGUUCAUCGCGCACCAGAACGAGUUCCACGCGCAGGAGUUCGCCUGCUCCGACGGCAGCGCGCCCAGGUUCCGCGCCGGCGGGCUGGACAAGGUGGUGGCAGUCGUGGGCGCGCAGUCCAGCUCCGUCACCGUGCAGGUGGCGACGAUGCUGCAGCUGUUCAAAGUGCCGCAAGUGAGCUACAUGGCCACCUCGCCGGCGCUCAGCAACAAAGAGCGCUUCCCCUACUUCUUCAGGACCGUGCCGAGCGACAUCAACCGCGCGCACGCCAUGUUGGAGAUCCUCGGGAAGUUCAACUGGACAUAUGUCUCGGUUGUGUAUUCGGACGACGCAUACGGCACCCACGGCUUCAAAAUUUUGAGCGAACUUGCUGUAAAUUACAGCAUUUGUUUCUCUUCGCAGCACAGAAUAGAGAGCGAAGCAACUAAUCAACACGAAAUCGUUCUUCGAGAAAUGAAAAGGAAAGCGAAUCUUAAAGUUGUGGUUGUUUUUGCUGAUAAGAAAACAAUGCAAAACCUACUGACCACAGCAAAUCGUCUGGGGUUGAAGAACCGUUUCUUGUGGAUAGUUUCUGAUAUUUGGGUUGCCAAUGAGAAAGUGCGUAGUUCUACUGAGAGCAGCCCAUACACAGAAAUGCCCAACUACGAGUACGAGAGUGUCCUGGAAGGAGCACUUGCCAUUCAGCCUUUGGUGGCCGAGCUGAAAGGAUUCGACUCUUAUUUUCGAUCAUUGAAUUUCGACCACAGAAUUGAGAAUCCUUGGUUUGAAGAGUACUGGAUGGAAUAUUUCAACUGCAGCAAAAAGUUCAAAGACGUCGAACCUGCAGAAGCGAACGAGACGGCGGACAAGAGCGCAGGGCGCUGCGGGGCCGCGGCGGGCUUCUCGCUGGGCGCGGGGCCCUACAGGCAGCAGCACUACCUGCACUUCGUGCGCGACGCCGUGCACGCGGUGGCUCGCGCCCUCGACGCCAUGCGCCGGCGGCUGUGCGGCGCCGAGCCGGGGCUGUGCCGCGCCAUGGCCCACAUCGACGGCGAGCAGCUGCGCGACUACCUGCGAGACGUCUCCUUCCUGGAUGACGAAGGCAAUCAGUUUGAGUUCCUGGAAGGAGGGGACGGCCCUCCGCGCUACUCGAUACUCAACUUCCAGAAGAGCUCGGACGGCAACUUCUACUGGCGCGUCGUGGGAAACUACACGCAAACUGGUAGCAGUGAUCCAGUGUUGAUUAUAAAUGAAGAAUCGGUCGUGCAUCAAAAUAACGGAACUCUUCCCAUAUUUACAUGUAACCAGCCCUGUGCCGACAACCAGAUAAAAGUACUGGAGGUGGAGGAGCGGUGCUGCUGGACGUGCCGGCGCUGCGGGGAGUUCGAGUUCCGCAGCGACGACUACACCUGCGACACGUGUCCGCUGGGCACGCGGCCCGGCGGCGACCGCUCGCACUGCGUGGACAUCCCGGAGCAGUUCGUGGACGGCGGCAGUCCCUGGGCGCUCGCCGCGCUGUGCCUGGCCGGGGCGGGCGUGGUGCUGACGGCGCUGGUGGCUGGCGUGUACCGCGCGCACGCCGAGACGCCCGUCAUCAAGGCGUCGGGCCGCGAGCUCAGCUACCUGCUGCUGUGCGGCAUCCUGGCCUCGUUCUGCGCCACCUUCGCCAUCGCGGCGCGGCCAUCGGGAGCCGCGUGCGCCCUGGCGCGCUUCCUGGUCGGCUUCAGCCCGGCGCUGUGCUACUCCGCCGCCGUCACGCGCACCAACCGCGUGGCGCGCAUCUUCGCGCAGCAGCGCGCCCGCGCCGUCUACAAGCUCAGGUACACCAGCCCCCGGUCGCAGCUGGUGAUCACGGGCCUGCUCACGCUGGUCGAGGUGGUCAUCCUCGCGUCCUGGCUCAUCUUCAUUCCGCCGCGGGCCGGCCACAUCCACCCGGACAGAGGGGCGCGCGUGCUCAUCUGCGAGGGCUUCAGGAACCACUCCUGCCUCGUGGCGCUGCUCUACCCGUUCGUGCUCAUAGCGAUCUGCACCGUUUACGCCUUCAAGACUCGCAAGUGUCCAGACGGCUUCAACGAGACCAAGCACAUAGCGUUCACCAACUACACCACGAUCAUCAUCUGGCUGGCGUUCGUGCCGUUCUACCUGGCGUCCACUAGCAACGGAAUCAGGAUCACUUCCCUCGCCUUCUCCUCAUCCGUCAGCGGUCUCGUGCAGCUGGCCUGCCUCUUCUUCCCGAAGCUGUACAUCGUGCUGCUGAAGCCGCAGAAGAACACGAGGGACGGCGUGAUGGCGAACCACAGAUCGGUGAUCUGCCUGCCCGAGCCUCGAGUCAGCGGCUGUUCCUGUUCCCACCAAGGCUCCAGCAGCAAGAACUCCGAUCUCAACAACAGCAGCUGUACGCAAGACAACAAAAUCCAACGUGAAUCAACUGUAGGAAAUAAGGUGCAAUGUCUGCACCAAAGCAGGACAGAACGUAUAGGUUCAGAGCAACCAAAAGAAGUGAAAAUCUUGGCCACAGAAGGCAUUCAAGAUGGUGAGGUGUGACUCAAUGUCCACUGAGGGUCAGAGGCGUGACAUCGCAAGCAGGAACAAUUUUGGAGUGAAUGGGCUUUAUUUCAAAACUUGCGUCAAAUUACCGUUUUUGUAGUGAUUUUAAUAUUACGUUGCUACUUAAAUCCAUCCUAUGGAAACCAAAAGCAUUCAUUUUAUGUGUACAUUUCUGUAGUGUAAUUUUGUUUUAAGUCGUUGAUAUGUACAAUGGCUGUGACAAUAGUCCACCCCAAAAAUAUUCCAACAAACGAGGAAGUUAAACCAUCAAUAUGCUUACCUUUAAGAUAAAACAGAUAUUUAAAGUUAUUUAUGUUUUUUCAACACACCAGGUCUGUUCUGUUUCGGAAUACUUGCAAAUUAUUACUUACAAUUAAUUCAAUGGUGUUGAUUUAUUAAAUGUAAUAAAAACAAAGCCAGUUUUGAAUCAUGCAAGAAAGUAAAAGAACAAAACAUGUAUUCUAAUAAAAGAGCUAUGAUAUUGAAUUAUGUGCAGCCGAUCUGUAAAAACACUCAUUUUGUUGGUUUUAUAUGAUUGUUUCUAAAGGACGGUCAUGAUUGCAAAAUGCUUGCCAUAAUCAUUCACUUAUUAACACUAUUUGAAAUUUAAGAAAAUAUUCCACCUUGAAAAUUUUGUUCAACAUAUCCUAAUAAUAUUAUAUUUAUGAAGUAAUUUAUUUGAAUUGAAUUCUUUAUUGCUGACAUCACGUUAUUAUGUUAUGAUGUACUAAAUGAAAUUAGAUUGACUUUAAUCAUUAACCACGGA